UCUUAUCUCCAUAACCUUUACUCACGUCGAAACUUAUUCUGAGAGUAUAUACAUAUAGUUAUAUAUUCUCAUUUGUCAAAAGUAAAAUGAUUAAAAGUGCUGUGAAUAAAAAUAAAGAAUAUUUGAAAAUAGUUGAGAGAAUACAAAUAUUUUGGAGGUGGUUCAUAAUUUUUUUAAAGUGAAAAAUACGUAUAGUUUAAUUUCAGUUUUAUAUUAUUUUAUAUCAACAAUGGAAACAAAUGAAAGACUUUUGAAUGAGUCGGAAGGUGAAACAAUACAAUUAAAGUGUAAUUUUCAUUAUGUUUGCUCUGCUCCAGGGUUAAUACAAAUAGUUGAAUUGAUGUUACCUCCCUUAGGAUUUUUAUUUAUUACAAUACAAAUAUUGGACUCUUCUUUAAUUGAUCUUUCAAAUAGAUGGAUAUUUAUUCAACUUAUUUUAAUUUUAUUGAGACUGAUACCAUUUUUAGUGUUUAAAAUUCAAGCACUGUAUUAUUUGCGCGCCUUGUUGUGCUAUGAAUUAUGUAUGACUAUCGCAGUUUUAGCAUGCUAUAUAGUGGCAAUUCCUUUUAUAUUCUCGAAAGAUGAACCUCGCGCGAUUAAUAUGAUGGUUUUUAUUACAUGUGGUAUCAUAAUUAAUGCAGCGCACAUAGGUUGGAUUAUUUUUCGAAUAUUUUGCAGUAGAAAUUCUUAUAGUUGGUAAUAGAAUUAAAAAAAAAAAAAAACGAAAAUAGUUUUAUCGUUUGUACUAUAUAUAUAUAUAUACACAUUAUUUGUAUUGUUAUUCUAUUUUAUAUAAAUAUUUGUAUACCUAUUUGUUUUUUUUUC